UUAAAGAUUUUAUUUAUUUAUUUGACAGAGAUCACAAGCAGGCAGAGAGGCAGGCAGAGAGAGAGGAGGAAGCAGGCUCCCUGCUGAGCAGAGAGCCCGAUGCGGGGCUCUCGAUCCCAGGACUCUGAGAUCAUGACCCGAGCCGAAGGCAGCGGCCCAACCCACUGAGCCACCCAGGCGCCCCGAAGAUGAUAACUUUUAAAAUGGAUGCAUUGCCGGUUUUGCUGCAGGAAUAUAUAAGUAGCAUUUCCCACUGGUGCUGGUGUCUAGAAGCGGCGAAGAGCCAAGCGGAAGGUGAAGUGGUGGUAAAGCCUCUAGGCUUUGCAAUGAAGAAGUUUUUUUGUUUUCAGAGUGCGAAGGUGUGCUCAUCCCCGACCUCUGACAUCGAGGGGAUGAAUGACUUGAUGGCUUGGGUUCACAAGGAGGAAGUCACGGAGACCCAGCCCCGGUAUAACAUCCGCCGGAAAGAGCUCAAAAAGAUCCACAAAGUUGCUCUCCUGGGUGAUAUAAGGAAUAUGGAGCAGUUGCUACUGCGUGGGAAGAACGUGAAUAAAAGAGACAAGAGGAAAAGGACACCUCUCCAUCUGGCCUGUACCAUCGGCCAUGCUGACAUGGUAGAUUUUCUUGUAGAGAGGAAAUGCAAGCUUGACCUCUAUGAUGGAGACUAUAGGACUCCUCUAAUGAAGGCUGUACAAUACCAGGAAGAGGCAUGUGUAACUACUCUUUUAGAACAUGGGGCUAAUCCAGAUCUUACAGAUAAGUUUGGCAAUACUGCCCUCCACUAUGCUGUUGCUGGUGAGAACACAUCAAUAGUAGAGAAGCUGAUUUUAUACCAUGCAAAUAUUGAAGCAAGAAACAAGGUCGAAUUCACACCGUUUUUACUUGCUGUAAAUGAAAACAACCACAAAAUGGUGGACUUGUUAAUUAGAGAAAAAGCAGAUGUACAUGUGGUUGAUAAGUUUAAAAGAACAGCCCUCAUGCUUGCUGAACCUUCUAAAUCUCCAGAUAUAGUCAGGCUUCUUCUUCAGCAAGGUGUUAAUACCUCUUCUCGAGAUGAACGUGGAUGGACGGCAAGAGACUAUAAUGUUUUUAAUCGAUCUGAUGGUCUGGUUAUGAUUGACCUUUGCUCCCAGGAAGCCCUUGCUGAUCCGCAUUCUCCGGUCUUCAUGGUGACCCACAAUGAGACUUCAAAGUUACAACAUUUUUUAGUUUACGACAUAUGCUUAUAUGCUCAGCUGCUAUUCCAAGGCACCAGCACCCUGUUCUGGCCGCCAGGCCCCCGGCUUUAG